UUGCAGAAAGAUGGGUAACUCUUGAAUAACCUGUAGUAAAAAAAUGUUAACCUAAUAUAGGACAUGAGACAAUGAAGUUACCUUUUAAUGGCAUAUUGACGCCCAUACUCAAGCCUAACUUGAAAUGUUUUAAUGAAUUUUGUCAAUAUCCUACUUUUUGUAUAAGUUUACCUUAUACUUACUUCUACGGAACAUUUAUCAAUGUCUGCCAUUUGAAGAGACAUUUCGGGAAAAAUCUUGAAAAUGCACAAGAUUCAAAUGUUCAAUCAAAUACUCUUGUAGUUCAUGAUCUUAAAAUUAUCGCUGCAUCAAUGGGAAUAGUGCAACAUACUUGUCUUUUAGUUGGAUGCUUUACGGAGAACCCGGCCUUGUUUCUUCCGCAUAUGUUUGCUCAUCUUUUAAUGGUGGUAGCUAAAACUUUAAACGCGUUGAUUAUUCUAACAAGAAUGAAUUUAAAAUCGGUUAUUCAAUUACGAACAUUAUCAACUGCUAUCGCUUUUAUGAUGUUCAACUGGUGCCAAGAAUUCUGUGUUUUUAUACAAUAUCUAUGUUUCUGUGACCUCUAAAUUUAAUUUCGGUUCUUCGAUCUACCUACGGUUGUUUUAAAAAAAAAGGACUUGGUAAUCUCAAGCCUUGAAGGUUCUAAAUAAAGUGUAUUACCACACGUCAUAACUAAAAACGUCAGAUGUAAAAUGUAUCAUUAUUUUUAUGAGCCUUCUCUUAUUCACGUACUAUCGAAGUCUUUCGCUAUGCCAUUUUUUUAAUCUUUGUUAACAAACAGAUUUAGAUAACUGUAUAUUUUUUCAUCAUUAGAAUUAUUAUUCUCGAUCGGGCUAAAUAAAAGAUUUUUAAUACAAAUUACCACACAGUUGUUUUCGUACACUUUAACGUAACUAAAUUUAAAGGAGGUUGGGGUGUUUUAUUGAUAACGUCAAAUAACCUAAAGAAUCAUCAUCGAUAAUCUCUAAAAGUUAAUAAAAAGAUGGAACAGUAGUUGCUAC